GUCAUGCGCGCGCGAGACAGCUCACACACGCAGCCAAGCAAAGCAGGCAAACGCAGCGCGAAACAGCCACCUACCUACAUCGCGGCCCUACAGUACCCACCCACCUGCACGCGCCGCCGGGGCAAGGCAAGGGCUCGCGUGGCUGCUGUACACACAAAUAAAUAGCCCGACAUAGAGUGGCGCUGGCGCUGCUUCGCCUCUUCUUCUUCUCCUCUUUCUCUCCUCUGACUCUUACCGUACCUUACCUUACCUUGCUCUCAAGGCCGUGGAAAACUCAAAGCUACUAUGGUUUUUGGUGAUAGCUGAGGCGCGCAGUACACACCAUGUCUUUCGUUGUCGACCAGGUCCGCCGGAUCGACAGCCAGCUCGACCGGGUGCAGCUCUCGGGGCUCCGACGCGCAGGGACGAGCGCGGCCGUCGCCGCCGCCGCCGCCGCCGCCGCAGCAACAACUACCGACAGCAGCCCGCAGGACAGCGCGCGCAUCCAGCACCUGCAGAAGCUGAUCAAGUCGUUGUCGGUGUCGGCGGCCACCAAGCACGGCGCGCUGCUGUCGCGCGACCGCCUGCACGCCGUCCUGCGCCAAGCCCAGAUCGCAGCGGCGGCGGGGCACCAGCACGACGACGACGACGUCCGCGCUGCUGGCGCUGCAACGCUCUCGUAUGAGCGCGAGCUCGAGUGGCUGCUGCUUAGCAAGGCGGCCGCGCAUACGUACGGCCUUGUGCUUAGCACCAUCCUCGAUCAGACGCUCCCCCUCAACGACGAUAUCUGGUACUGGGACGACGUGCUGGGGUCGUAUCGCGCCGCGGGGCUGUACUCGGUGCAGACGUCGCCCGGCCGCCUGUGGGGCUGGACUAAGGACGUUUAUCAGGAUGUCAAGCGGAGAGGGGGCGGGUUGAGGGAUGGCUGGGGCCAGUUUUAUGGCCUUGUGCAGGAGGUCGUCCAGGAGCGGUCGAUUGCCAAUAUUCAGCGGAAGGUGCUCUCCCCGUUGGCGCUGGUGCGCAAUGAGGCUAGAAGGAAGCAGUCCGUCUUGAAGCGGAUUCGCUUGACCAAUGCGAAUGCUUUGGGUGUGUUGCUCGGCGAAGGUUUAAGUCAUCACAGUGCGCACGCCGAAGGUUUCAGGUCUCCAACGGCAGCGAGCGAGGACGGCCAGCAUCUCUGGAAGGAUGCCAUCACACGGUCAAUUGCGCUCAUGGAUAUCGUACUUCAGGAACUCGUGGAGCCGGAAGGCGCCGACGACUUCGACAACGCUGUGGCAACCCGGACGGAAAACGACGAAUACUACCAGAUCCUCGAGAGCGGCGACGCACACGGUUCAGACGCUUUGAGCACCUCCAUGGUUGCUGGCCGCUUGAUCAAUAUUGUCGAGAAGCACCUCGGUGGCUACUCGACUGAACUCAAGGCUCGCUCCAAGGAACACGGACGGCCGUCAAGGCUGGUCCGUUACUGGCUCCCGGCAACUGCUCUCCUGAUCUCGUCGACCACCAUCUACCGUAUCGUCAUGAACAAGCGCGCAGAGAUUCUCACGUGGAUAAUGGAACUCGGCCGCACUACCAUCGACUUCUGGACCAACUGGGUCGUUGAGCCCGUCAAGAAGAUUGUCGGCACCAUCCGUCACGACGAGGGCAGCGAAGUCUCCAUCAUGAGCAAGAGAAGCUUGGAGGGCGACCGUGACAGCUUGGAGCGUAUGGUUGUGGACUUUGCUGUGCAGAACCCCGAGAAUGGCAGUCUGAACGACGCUCAGAUCGCAGAGGUCCGGAUCAAGGUCCGCGAGGGUGAUCUGACUCCGGUUCUCAAGGCAUACGAAAAGGACAUGCAAAAGCCCAUUAUCGGCGCGAUCACGGGCAGCCUGAUCAGGGCGCUGCUCAUCCAGGUCCAGAAGACCAAGGUCGACGUGGAGGUUGCGAUGAGCGGAAUCGACUCGAUCCUUAAGAGCCAAGAGCUCCUUUUCGGCUUCAUCGGCCUGACGCCGGGCGUCAUGGUGUGUUUCGGAGUGACGAGAUGGCUGCAAGGCACCUUUGGCAACCGCAAGGGACUGCGCAAGACGCAGGUGACGAGUCAGGUGACGCGCAUGUUCAGGAACAUCGACCGCAUCCUUGUCGCAGCGCAACCCAACAAGUACGGCGAGCUGUACUACAAGGACCACGGGCUGCUACUGUGCGAGGUGCACACGCUGCGGCAGCUGGCGAACCGGGUGCUGCCGGCGCGCGUGUUCCAGGACUUUUUGGAGGAGGUGGACGAUCUGGUGGACAUUCGCAGCGGGGUGAAGAAGCAACGCAAGGUGCUGAAGCGGAUGCGGUGGGCGUACGCAAAGUGGCUGGCCAGACCCUGAUACCCUGUUAGCGGCCGUGCGCGGGUGGCAGAGGGGCCAGCGAGCGACAGCAAAAGCCGCACCAGCCUGGCCUUUUGAUAGCACCAUAACAUAGGCAAUGAAGAAGCGUG